GCUCAUUGGACAUCCAUUCCUGAAGGAGCACAGCAAAUAUUUGGGAUUAUGGAAACCUUUCCUCAUUGACAGUUUGACUGGCCUCCCUUUGACAAUGACAUAAUGCUCCUCAAGCUGAAUAAAUAUGUGCAACUUUUGCCUCUGCCUGACUUUUUUGAAGAUGUUGAACCUGGCACACUCUGCCAGGUGGCUGGCUGGGGAAGACACAUCACCAGGAAAGCCAUCAAAAUAUCUCCGGAGAUUCAGGUGGGCCAUAUCUGUGCUGGCCAGUGCUGUGGGAUGGUUUCUUUUGAAGAAGAAUGUGAAAAUAUAAGCAUACCUGGAGUUUAUACGCAGCUGACUGAAGAAUAUAUUGACUGGAUAAAAAGAACAGUUAGACAGAUCUAUGAAACAAGAGCAUUUCAAUAAAUAUUAUGCUGUGCAUUAGAACUGGAUGCUGCUGCUUUAGUGCACCACCUUUGAAACGUACCUCCCAGCUUUACAGCUUUGAUGACACCACCACAGCUUUCUGUGAACAGCUCAAAGUAUCCACAUUUGUACAGACACCACCUUUACUAAGCUUUAGCAGGAAACUGCCACAUAGAAAACAUAAUUUGUAUUAGAUUCCACUCUACUUCUUACUAGGAUGGGAAAGUAUUCAUUGCACUUGGGAUAAAGCAACAUUUUUUAAUGUGUACUUACAUAAAAAUUCAGUUUCAGAAUGAUAGUGAAUGAGAAGUCUGCUGAAUGAGCAAAAAUAGAACAAAAGCUUAAAAUGUUAAAAUAUUUAUCUGGA